AUGGUUUUUGAUCAAGCUAGUCAUUUUUCUGAGAGAAGAAAGGUUGCGACAUUAGGCCGUAAUAGGCAUAUGCAAAGACUUAAUCUGAGCAAUGGCAGUAACCUGAACACUGGCAGUAAUCUGAACACUGUCAGUAAUCUGAACACUGACAGUAAUCUGAACACUGACAGUAAUCUGAACACUGACAGUAGUCUGAGCCAUGGCAGUAAUCUGAGCCAUGGCAGUAAUCUGAACACUGACAGUAAUCUGAACACUGACAGUAAUCUGAACACUGACAGUAAUCUGAACACUGACAGUAGUCUGAGCCAUGGCAGUAAUCUGAACGCUGGCAGUAAUCUGAACACUGACAGUAAUCUGAACGCUGGCAGUAACCUGAACACUGACAGUAAUCUGAACACUGGUAGUAAUCUGAACACUGACAGUAAUCUGAACGCUGGCAGUAACCUGAACACUGACAGUAAUCUGAACACUGGCAGUAAUCUGAACACUGACAGUAAUCUGAACACUGGCAGUAAUCUGAGCCAUGGCAGUAAUCUGAACACUGGCAGUAAUCUGAACCAUGGCAAUAGUCUGAACACUGGCAGUAAUCUGGACAUUGACAGUAAUCUUGACACUGGCGUAAUCUUACAGUACUAUUCAGUAAUCAGUAAUCCUGACCAUGGCUCUAAUCUUGACACUGGCAGUAACCUGAACACUGACAGUAGUCUGGACACUAACACUUGUCUGGACACUUAUAGUAAUCUGAACACUGACAGUAAUCUGAACACUUCCACUAAUCUGAACACUGGCAGUACUAUGGGCACUGGCAGUAACCUGAACACUGGCAGUAAUCUGAACACUGUCAGUAAUCUGAACACUGAAAGUAAUCUGGACACUGACAGUGAUCUGAACAGGGGGAGUAAUCUGAAAACAGACAAUAGUGUGGGCGCUGGCAGUAAUUUGAACUCUGGCAGUAAUCUGAACACUGACAGCAGUCUGGACACUGACACUUGUCUGGACACUGACAGUAAUCUGAACACUGCCACUAAUCUGAACACUGGCAGUAAUCUAAACACUGACAGUAUUAUGGGCACUGGCAGUAAACUGAACACAGGUUACGGUCAUUGUUAA